GAUGAAACAAAGAAUAGGGAAACAUUGAUUAUCCUGAUCUGCGUAGAAUCAUUUAAUUACAUGUUACAUAAAUGAAAUUUGCUUUAUGUUAAAACAAUCAUUAAUCAUAAACAGUAACUGGUCAUUCAACUUGAAAAUGCAGUAGUUCGUAUAUUUUGCUGCACUCAUUGGUUUCCCUGUCUGUCAUUGCAAGGGAUGUCUUAUCCUUGCCCAUUUCUGAAUAAAAUGGGAGCCAUGAUUUGUUGUCUGACUAAAGCAAACAAAUACAAGAAGUUGGAUAGGAAGAUAGAAAGGAAAUUAGUUGAAAUCAAUAGAUCUUCUUCUGCUGGACAAAGAGCUUUCAAGUCAAUUGAUAGAGUCGUUAUGCGGUUCCCUCAGAUCAGGGAGGGACUCAAAACAUUAGAAGGAAUCUUUGAACAGUAUGAUGAGGACUCUAACGGAUCUAUAGAGUACAGUGAACUAAAAAAGUGCUUUGAACAACUGCAAAUUGAUCUACCAGAGGAGGAAACUAAAGAUCUUUUUCAUUACUGUGAUAUUGAUGGAAGCAAGGGCAUACGGUUUAAUGAAUUUAUCGUUCUUCUAUGCCUCAUCUAUCUUCUAGAAGAAUAUUCAUCCUCUGAUAAUGUGGAGUUAACACAGCUGGGAACAAUUUUUCACACGAUAGUCGAAGUCUUUCUGUUUCUAGAUAAAAAUGGUGAUGGCAAGCUAAACAGGAAGGACGUGGACAAGACCCUGAAUGAGACUUACCCUUGGGAAAGAUCCCCAGCUGACGUCACUAAGAUCAGAUUUAAAGAAAUGGACUGGGACAGAAAUGGGCAAGUCACUUUCAGGGAAUUCCUCUUUGGCUUCUUAAAAUGGGUGGGAUUGAUGAGGAUGAAUUGA